UCAAUCAUGAGUGAGGUCAUAUUGCAUUCAUGAAUGUGGCAAGUGUGAAAUUACAAGAGUACAUAUGUAACCUUUUCAUCAUUGACAAUGAUAACAUCUACACCUUGAAUUGUUAUGCCUCAAAAUUAUUGCUAACCAAUUCCAUAUUAAUGAUCUUACUUCAAUUGGUAGGUCAAUGUAGUCAGGAUGCACUUUGUCUUGUCAAUAAAGUUUCAUAUCAUGAAGGUCGCCUUGAGAUAUGCUAUGGUAAUAGCUGGGGAACAGUCUGUGAUGAUGGCUGGUCUAAUGCUAAUGCUCAAGUUGUAUGCAGACAGCUUGGAUACCCUACUACUGGUGCUUAUUAUCGUGGUGAAGCCUACUUUGGACAAGGGACUGGUAGUAUAGUAUUAGAUGAUGUUAGUUGUGUUGGUAAUGAAACAUCUUUAUACCAGCAAUGCAGUCAUGGAUCUCCUCUGUCACACAAUUGUACUCAUAGUGAAGAUGUUGGAGUGGUUUGUCCUGGAGCACAUUGUAUUGAUGGAGCAAUUUGUCUUGUUGGAGAAUCCAACAGUUCAGAGUGACGUGUUGAAGUAUACCGUAGUGGAUCAUGGGGUACUGUUUGCGAUGAUUCAUGGGACUAU